AUGGGCACCGCUUACGUCGACACGCAGCGCGCGCCCCUCGGCUUGAUUUCGUCUGUCAUAUCUUUCGAGGACGGACAAGGGUAUCGGCGACAAGGCCCAGUGUGGAUAGUCAGUCCCGGCCGAGCAACUGCCGACGGGGGGGGUGUGAUUCCGAGUACGGCCGUGAACUCGUGA